CGCGAAAUGUUGUGACCGUGUUGAUCGUCUGAAGAACGUUGCCAUCUGGUUGUCUUGCCACAAGAGGGGUAAAGGGGGCAACAUUAGCGAUAAGGCGUUGUCUGCCUGUGCAUCGUUUCUGGCAGAGUCAUGAUGUGGCUAUGAAGGGUAUCGUUACAAGAGAAGGCACAACUGGUCAGAGACUAUUGUCGUCUCCCUAAUGAAACCAGUUGGCAUGCGUAUGCGAAGAGGCCGGUCUUGAGGAAUGAGUGCACCUCAAGACGCCGCACGGGCUUCAGAAGUCUACGUCCGUGACAAGUGGUAUCAGAGCCUGGUUAGGAUGAAGAGCCUAGUUCCUCACUCAGUACGACAUAGGUCGAGUAUGGGCCGACCCUAUGUCCAAAUGAGAGGCAGUCCUGGGUGUGCAUAUCAGGUGGUCCGGACGCAGAUACACAUGUGUUGCGCCGUUGAGAGGGACCUUGACAGGCUGAAGAUGCAGCGGCGAAGAAUGCCUUUCAACCGAGGAACUAACGCUAGCGAAAGCGUAGGGUGACGGUCAAUUGAGAUACAAUUGUUGGGAGUAGUGUAGGGUGAAAGUCGACUGAGGUACUAGCGCAGCAGAAGCGAAGAGUGAAGGUUGAUGUCGAGGGUCGAAGCGGUAUGUGCGCGGGGCACAGCAGGCUAGCGCAAGAGACGCAACCGGAGCCUGUCCAUCAGAGGAUGGUAUCGUAUGCGGAUGCCCAUAAUCGGUUCGAGUGUUGCAAUACAUGCUGCGGAGAGAAGCAUUCUUCACCAGCACGAGGACGUGCUGCAUUAUGAGUGGUGGAGAAUGUCACGACCCAAAAUGUCGUGACUGUGUUGAUUGUCUGAAGAACGCUGUCAUCUGGUUGUCUUGCCACAAGAGGGGCAAGGGGGCAACAUUAGCGAUAAAGCGUUGUCUGCCUG